GCACUGUUCGAAAUUAUAGGACUAUCACAAGAUCCAUUCAUCUCAAAAUAGAAAAAGCAAUGCUUCACUCCAUCAAAACGGUUUUAACCUAUCAACACGUUUCACUCCCACGCUCCCUCUCUUCCAACCUCGGUCGGGAAGCUUCUGCAGUCAGAUUCUGCACCAAACCUGAUAGUAACAGCAGAGAUCAUAACAUGGACAAGAGUCAGAAACCUAGUGAGGAAACUAAACAUGGAGAUGCGAUGUCUCAUUCGUUUGGGGAAGGGUACUCUACGAGGUGUGAUGAAGAAGGGUUUGGAGGAAUUUAUGGUGGAAAACAAUGCAUGCCUAAGACGGAUGAGUGCAUACAUGAAAAUCACCCAGCUUAUGACAGGACGCAGGGAAGUGAGGUGAAGGAGAAGGAAAAAGCGAGGAAUCAGCCCAGUGCCAACGCAUAAUUAGGUUAUCUAUGAGGAGGGAUUUAUCCAUGUAACAUGCUAUGAUAUUGUUGUUGUUCAUUUUUACUUUUCUGCUCUGUUUGGAUUUUAACUUGGAACCAAAAUAGACUGUUGUAUUAUGUAUUGUUGUUAUCUUCUUUGUGGUGCACGCAUUGAUUUUUUCAGUGACU